CAUUUUUCGAUUUCUUUCCGCCAUGAACGAUCAAGAUUUCCAACAUUGCGUUUUUCAAUCGUUCCCCAAUGUGGUCUCUUUUGCAUCCCCUGUUCAUACGCCUUCACAGCGCCGCCUCUCUACCAACUUCACUCAACCUAGACCGCCGAUCCCCGCUGCUCGACGGCUAGCUUGGGUUUCUCUUCAGGGGCGGCUUGUUAAUGCCGAACAGGCCAGCUCAGUGCGAUCUAUUAGAGGAGGCUUGGGCCCUGACGAAUCCAUUGCUUGGCAGUUGUUCAGCCCCAUUGAGCGGUUUCUUAUAGUUGCCGUGAUUGGCGUCGCGGUUUCCGAGUCCAAGAAGAACCAUCAGAUCGCCCAGCUUACAAGAGCUGUUGAACUUAGGGAUCAAGUGCUUCUAAGCAUGCAGCAGAAGCUUGAAGAUCUAUUUAAUCAAGUCAAUCUCGAUGAGGAUCAGUCUGGAGGUGAGAAGGACAUGGCGUUGAGAAAAGAUGCUGAUUUGGCACACUCUGGGGUUUUCGGCCAUGACAAAAUUAAGUUUGUUGAUUGUGGCUGUUGGCUUUGUGAUCAGCAUCUGGAUUCACUCGGUCGUUUGGAGUGUAACGCCGCAACAAAACCCUCUUGCGGGGCAGAGAUGUUGCAAUAUAAAAUGAACGAAGCAGAGCAGGAGGAGCGUCGAAUGUCUGAUUUAUCAGAUUGGGGUUCCAGUGUCACAUCUGCUGCUGAUAUCCAGAUGAAUACCUUAUCCAUCGAACAAGAUAUGUUAUUUCUGAAGAAAGAUUGUGACGAGAAAGACGCAACCAUCAAGGAACUAACUGAUCUACUCCAUUCCUCUGAGGUUUCUGGUUCACAGAGGAUGUCAGAGUUGGAAGACAUCAUUCGUCGGAAGAACACCAUUAUUUCAAAACUGAAAAAGGACAUGGUCGUUCUUGAACAGAAGGUUAUGCAACUGACGAGGCUUCGGAGACCCUCCUCUUCGAGUACAUCAAGGUCGCAAAUGCAGCCAAUCCCAUACAUGACGGAUAACCUUCUUUACGACAUGGAGAGUAGUACCAGUCCUUCAUCUUCCGACUCAGAUAUCUCACAACCUCCCCCAACAAGAAAGCAGGAUAGUAGUCGUCAUAUCCAAACCAGCGAGCCUUGUUCGGCAAGAACAAGCCAGAAGUCAGGUACGAAGAAGAGAGCUUCAAGUUCAGAGUCCCGCUCAAAACCUGAAAUGGGAAGCCGUUUGAAUGAAAUAUGGGUGAAGAAUCGAAAAGCAGUAGUAACGUCGACACCAUCACCGAGGCAAAGAGGGGGAGAGAUGAUGAGAAGACGCUUUCAAACUGGAACCAAGGAGGGGAAGGAAACAGCAGCAGAAGGAAAGAGAAAUGUUUAGAACAUGGGGUUUGUGGUGUGAAGGAUAAUUCCUGCAUUCACAGUAUUAUUAUUGUUAUCAUAAAGUUCAUACAUACAUCCAUAGAAACAGUAUGGUUAAAGUCCAACUUUAGUGGGUGCAUUUCUGGGAUUUUUCUUCAAAAUAUGAAGGAAAGAAAAAGGUGAAUGACGUAGGAUUGGAUACUGUCAGGGGCUGCCAAUAAACUUGGAAUCCAACUCCCACCUUUCCAUCUCCAUUCCUUUUGACUUU